CCGUUUCUCAGCUGAAAUCUUUGCAGACUCUGCACGUCGAGGAGGAUUAAAAGGGGGAGCUGGACUGCACUCUGGAGUAGAUUACCAGACUCUCUCUCUGUCUCUGUCUCCAUUCUCGACUCCUCUUGCACAAUCGUCAUCUGAGAGUUCUGAAACUCUGCACAGUCACUUGAUUCUUCUGGAGGUGACAAUCCAAUCGAGCCCCGAGCUGCAUUUUCCUUCUCAUUCGAACAUACCUUGUUAAUUCGUCGAGCCGAACGAGGCAGUUUGAGCUGCUACUGGAAAUGGCGUCUGCGGUAAUUAUGUCGUUCCUCGCUGGAGCUUUGAUGCUCUGCGCUUUGGCGAGCUCGGUCGAGGGCGGAGUCCUCUUCUCCACCUUGCAGAAGACUCUGUCGGUGGAAGCGGAGAUUCAGAGUCCAGUUGCACCCAUGGGUAUUGCCAGAGCCGGCGAUGACCAUCUGGUGAUCAGCUGGGUUCUGCAGGGAGAUGCUGCAGCACGAGAGGAUGCGGAGUACGAGAAGGUAAGUUUGAAGCUCUGCUACGCACCUGUGAGCCAAGUGGAGCGAGGCUGGAGAAAGAAGAACGAUGACCUUCACAAGGACAAGACCUGCACCAAGGCCAUCGCCACGCAGAAGUACACAUCCGGCGGUAACUCCACGGUCUGGAGAGUGGCCAAAGACGUCCCCGGAGCUGUUUACUUCGUGCGUGCUUACGUGCUGAACGCCAACGGGACUCAAGUGGCCUACGGCCAGACCUCGAACGAGAUUACCGUCGAGCCCAUCUCCGGGAGGCACGCUUCUAUCGACGUUGCUGCUGCCAUAUUCUCUGCGUUCUCGAUCGGCUCCUUGCUCUUCUUCCUAGCUCUGGAAAACGUUAGAGGCAAGAGGUCCAGCAGCAAGUAGUUAGUCAAAGCUGCCUGCAUAGCUCCAGAUGCCCGAUUACAGAAGAUUGCAUAUUCUCUAAAUUGAUUGCACAGGGCGAAUUUUCACUCCACUGAUCUGCAGGGGUGCUACUGCAUACGUUGGGAUUGCCCGAUGUUGAGUGACCUGCCAGCCUGCCUGGAGUCACAUCGGAUUCAUGCAGUUGGCAAGUUAGUGAAGUGGUUUUUUCAGGCAUCGGUCCAUGCCUUUUCUUAUCCUUAGCUAGCUUUUCACAAUUCAAUUUCGAAUCUUGACACGAGUGUUGUGAGGAGUUUUUUCUGCACAGAGCCAUCGAGCGUACUAUCUUGUACUUUUCUCGUGGAGUGUACAUAGAAGUAAUGUCAAAUCAUAUAAGAAGUUUGAAGUGUGAGCUAGGAGGGAAUAAUAUAUUUGUUUGCUCCUGCUCCUUAUUUGUUCCCAAAGGAAGACUUAUUGCCAAGCAGAGCAUGUUAGAGAAGCUCGAAGCUCGUUGCCCUUGUGAAUAAAAGAGUUCCUGUCUGGGAGCCGUUUCCCGAAACCACUCGAAGAG